CGGCGCGGGGAGUCCGAACAGCGCAGCGGGAGGUACCUGAGGGGAAACAUGCCCAAAAUAACGCUGAACGGCAUCACGGUGGAUUUCCCCUUCCAGCCCUACGAGUGCCAGGAAGCCUACAUGGCCAAGGUGCUCGAGUGUCUGCAGAGGAAGGUAAAUGGCAUUUUGGAGAGCCCUACAGGCACAGGAAAGACCCUCUGCCUGCUGUGUUCCACUCUGGCUUGGCGGGAACACUUUAAAGAUACUAUCUCAGCCCGAAAAAUUGCACAACGUAUGAAUGGAGUGGAACUCUUUCCUGAGAGACCCAUGUCAUCCUGGGGCAAUGCUGCCACAGAUGCUGAUAUCCCAACUUAUUACACUGAUGUUCCUAAAAUAAUUUAUGCCUCCAGAACUCACUCACAACUUACACAGGUCAUUAACGAAUUAAAGAACACAGUCUACAGGCCAAAGAUAUGUGUUUUGGGUUCCAGAGAGCAGCUUUGCAUCAAUCCUGAAGUGAAGCGGCAGGAGAGCAACCACAUGCAGAUCUACAUGUGCCGAAUGAAAGUAAUGGCUCGUGCUUGUCAUUUCUAUAACAAUGUGGAAGAGAAGAGUACAGAGAAAGAACUGAUUGAAUCAAUCAUGGAUAUCGAAGACUUGGUUAAAAACGGAAACAAGCACAGAGCUUGUCCGUAUUACCUCUCUCGAAGCCUGAAGCAGCAAGCAGAUAUUAUUUUUAUGCCUUACAACUAUUUACUAGACUCAAAGAGCCGGAAAGCGCACAACUUAGAUCUGAAGGGGACUGUGGUAAUACUUGAUGAAGCUCACAAUGUGGAGAAGUUGUGUGAGGAGUCAUCUUCUUUUGACUUGACACCCUACGAUUUGGCUUCAGCAAUGGAUGCUAUAAAUGUCGUACUGGAAGAACAAGCCAAAGUAGUUCAACAGAAUGAAAUAAAUGCUGAAUUCAAUAUGGAGUUGGCAAAUUCAGGACUGAACAUGGAACUUGAAGAUAUAGCAAAGAUAAAGAAAAUUCUUCUUCAGCUAGAAAGUGCCAUUGAUGCAGUGGAGCUGCCACUGAAUGAUACUGGAGUCACCAAAGAGGGAAGCUACAUCUUUGAUCUGUUUGCAGAGGCCCAAAUAACAUUCCAGACCAAAUCCUCACUCUUGGAGUCAUUAGAGCAGAUUUUACAGUUUCUUUCAGGCCGUACUGGGAUAUUUGUCAAUACAUCUGGAUUGCAUAAGCUCUCAGAUAUUAUCCAGACAGUUUUCAACAUCGAUUCUCCAGAAGGCACAACAGUCUUCAUGCCACAUCAGUCAAUAUCUAAAUAUUAUAAGGUACAUAUUCAUUGGGAUAACAGUAAUCAGAAGAAGAAACAAAGGACAGAUCUCUGGAAUUCAUCGUCUGCAAAAAACCAAGGAAAGACCUUAAGCUAUUGGUGUUUCAGCCCUGGAUACAGCAUGCAUGAGCUUGUUCGACAGGGAGUCAGGACAAUUAUCCUUACUAGUGGGACACUCUCCCCUCUCUCAUCAUUUACAAUGGAAAUGCAGAUCCCUUUUCCUGUUUGCUUGGAGAAUCCUCAUGUUAUUGAUAAACACCAGCUCUGGGUUGGGAUCAUUCCUAAGGGACCUGAUGGAGCUGUGCUUACUUCUACCUAUGAAAGAAGGUUUUCAGAGGAUUAUUUAUCGUCUCUAGGCAAAACAAUUGGUAACCUUGUGCGAGUUGUACCACAUGGACUGUUGGUGUUCUUCCCGUCGUAUCCUGUCAUGGAUAAGAGCCUGGAAUAUUGGAGAGAGCAUGAUUUUGCUAAAAGAAUCGAAGAAGUGAAGCCAAUGUUUGUGGAACCCAGGAACAAAGGAAGCUUUGCAGAGGUAAUGGAUGCAUACUACGAUAAAGUCAUCUGUCCCAAGUCCAACGGAGCUGCUUUUUUGGCAGUAUGUCGGGGGAAGGCCAGUGAAGGCCUGGACUUUGCAGACAUAAAUGGACGGGGAGUCAUCAUUACUGGGCUUCCAUUUCCUCCUCGUAUGGAGCCCAGAGUUGUUUUAAAGAUGCAGUUCCUGGAUGAAAUGAGAAGAAGUGGUGCAGGCACACAGUAUUUAUCUGGGCGUGAGUGGUACAGUCAGCAAGCUUCCCGGGCUGUUAAUCAGGCUAUUGGCAGGGUCAUCAGACAUCGCCAAGACUAUGGUGCUAUCUUCCUAUGUGACCACAGGUUCACAACUGGUGAUGUAAGAAGCAAACUGCCCUCGUGGGUCCGCCCUUAUGUGAAUGUUUAUGACAACUUUGGGCAUGCAGUCAGAAGUGUCUCCCUCUUCUUCCGUGUUGCUCAAGAAAUUAUGCCCCCACCCCUGCCACAAUGCCCUUCUGGCUCGGCUGCUUCCCGAAGUGAAAGUGAUACAGCACCAUCUACUUCAUCUGAGCAAAUCCUCUCCCUGAAAAAAGCCAAAAACUUAGACGACCAUGUUCCCAGUUUGAAGAGGAAAAGAAAAGUAAAUGGAGAUGGAGCAUCCAGCCUAUGCAUGGAAUAUGAACAAGAGCUUGUCUCACCCAGAAGACAAUGUAUUGGGCUCUUGGACGCGUUGGAGCGCAAUGAGAAGAGCAGUGAAGAUGCAGAGGAGGAAAGUGACUUGUCAGGAGAGGAAAAGGCACAACGUCUGUCAACGCUUUCCCUUCAGUAUGAGAAGAGGUUAACAGAUGAGCAGAAAGGAGGAAGGAAGAAAAUAAAGCUAGUCAGCAAUACACAAGCUGCUAAGAAAGCAGACCUGACGGAGCCGAAGAAGGCUCGAGCUACUUUAUACAUCGCAACAGUGAAGGAGACCCUAAGCCAACAAAACUAUGAUCUCUUCUCUAAGGCUCUUCAGCACUACAAGAAGACAGAUGACUUCCACGCUAUGUUAUCUCAAAUGAGCUCCCUCUUUAUAGAGGAUGAAAAAAAACAUAUCUUGUUACGAGAAUUUUACCAGUUUGUUCGACCUCAACAUAAAAAACAGUUUGAUGAAGCAUGUUGCAAUCUGACUGGAGUGGGCUGUGGCUACAAACCUGAGCACAGCCUCCUGCGGGAAGAGAGAGAGAUACUGGCCAAGAAAAUAGAAGAAAAACAGAGUCAGCAGAAAACUGCAUUCUCGAAGGACUCAUGUGCUCAGCUAAAUCCUGGGCUCCACUUGAACCGGGGAGGAUUCCACUUGACAACAGGACUGAAUAGUACAGGGCAGAAUGCCAGUCGGGCUUUGAAGACAGACACUGAAAAAGCUUCAAGCUCUAGGAGAGAUCACCACCAGGUCCUCAGGGCUACCUAUCUCAACGACGUGAAAAGGGCUUUGAACAAAAACACUUACAGCCGUUUCUACGAAGCGUUGUUAGCUUACAAGAAGACAGAUAACUAUGAUGCUAUGAUAUCGGUGAUAGCAGCCCUCACCACUGAGAGGCCAGAAGACUUUCAUCUCCUACAAAGGUUUUACAUGUUUGUGCGCCCUCAUCACAAAGAGCAGUUCAAACAGAUGUGUAAAGAUUUGACUGGAACGGUCUGUGGCGAGGGAGAGAAGCAAUUGCAACAGCAGGUGCAAGGUGAAGGGAACCCUCUGAGUUUGGAGAGCUGGUGCACUAAAGGAGAAAACAGCCAUGUACAAGAUGCAGCCACUUCUAAGGGUGAGGCACCAGAGAAAAUUCAGAGGAAGAUUUCCUCCUUCUGCUUUAACCAGGAAAACAAUCUUGACUUGCCAAAGGCCAAAGUAUCAAAAGAAACCAGUAAUGUGAGAGCACCCACAGGCUCUGGAGCUGUGCCUAUCUUUCCACUAGAGAUGGAGCCAGAAUGUGGAAGAUUCCAGUGCUCUAACUGCAAAUCUGAGGAUGAUGUGCCUUUUAAAUGUCCAUUAUGUGACUUCACUUGCUGCAAAACAUGCUGGGAGCAGUUCUUAAAGUUUGGGAUAUUACUUGAGGACUGACGAUGAGAGAUGCUUCUCCCAGUGAUGAGGCAAAACUGUUCUUGCUAGUCAUGCAGAUGAGAAGGAAGAACAACUUGGUCAAGAGCAGAAGAUUGCAAACAGGAAGAAGAUUAUUCCAUGUGUCCCUGAAACCAAUCCCAGAGGAACCAUCUCCUAACACUGCCAUCCGCAUUCCAACCCGUGUGUUGGUUGUACAAACAAUUGACUCCACGGCGAGGGCAGUGUGUGUGAUGGAGAUACCCUUACCAGCAGGAAAUGAGCAACCAUGUUGUGUCUGAAAUCUCAUCAGAUGGCAUCGGGCUUUGUCACCACUGACUGGCCUGGAUUCGAAAACAUCUUUUUUCAUUUGCUUACAAGUUACUCACUGUGUUUCUUCAGUUCAGAAGCACUUUCAUGCAUAUUGUCCUAUGAGGAAAUGACUAACAGCCUAUCAUUCAAAAUGCCAUGACUUGGUUUUUGCAAAUUGUGAUGUCUUUUUCAAAUUUGUUAUUUUACUGAAACAACUUUGUGGUGGAAAGAGGCGGUGAAUAAUUUUGGAAUGUUUUGGAAGCUUUUGGAGGAGCAGACAGAACUCUGCAGCUGGAGGGGGAUUAGGGCCGGUGCCACAUUGGGUGAUUUUUUUCGAUGGGUUAGAGGGGAAGCCUUGCAAAGACUGGGCCAAUAUACGCUGCUUUUGGUUUCAGUUUCCUGUGCAGAGGUCUGUUGCUGCUUUUUGAUGUUUAAAUGCAUCGUUUAUUCAUGCUCUUUUUGCAGGUAUUCCAGAGAGACCGAGUUAUUCUCAUUUGGACUAUCUGUAAUAUGGGCAAAUAAUAUAAGAUUUCACAAUUAUAUAUUACACUUAAAAUUUUCAAACCUCUUUGACAAAUCACUGUCUACUGGGAGGUAAAGAGAGUUUUCCUCUCCCCUUCCAUUUAUAGUAUUUCAAUUUAUGUUUCUAGAAUCAAAAUGCUAGUGCCUGAACCUGCUUUGCAGUCUACAUCUUCUGUUACAGUGAUUAACUUCCAGAGUGUAGGGAAGCCUGCACAGGGCCGCUGAUGUCAGUAACCAUCAUUUCAGCCUACUGAGCUGGCAAUUUUCUCACAAAGAUUAACUUUUAAAACAUUUUUUAUUAUCGCACUCUUAAAACAAGCAGAGCAUUUUAGUUUUAUUAGGAAUUUGCAAGGUAUCAACAGAACAGUUGGAGUUCAUGUGCAGGUCAAAUGGCUAAAGACCAGACUUUAAAAUUUCAGAUUAGUGAAGAAGCAAACCUGGGUGGAGAAACGGUUGCCUCAUAUACCUGGUCUUCUGCUCUUAACCAAGGAAGGUGUGUGGUGGUGUGGAGAAAUAAAUGUACUCGGUUCCCCUACAAAACUCUUGGUCAUGACCACAUGUAUCACCGAUGUCCUGGUAUGCCCAGGAGAUGACUUCCUUCUCAUCCGUGCAAGAGGAAGCAGUUCAGGGAACUCAGCCAUCUUACGGGAUUUUACUAAUAACAAGUACAUGUGUACUUCUCAACAGCUCCUGUAGGCUCUGUAUUUCCUCGUUCCUGUAUUUUUAGUCUUCCAGAUGAGGAAGAAGUGCCCGGAGUGCCACAGUGAUGUGAAGAAGCAGAGAUUAAUCCAAGUUUUCUUCUGGUCAUAAUCUCACUGAUAGAAAGG